AGCGGAGCGCGCUCAGCCUCGUCCCGCGGCCGGGCCGGGGCCGGGCCGGAGCGGCAGCGCCUGGAUGCGGACCCGGCCGCGGGGAGACGGGCGCCGGCCCCGAAGCGACUUUCGGUCCCAGUCGCGCCCCGCCCGACCCCUAAGAUGAAGAGGGCGUCCGCCGGAGGGAGCCAGCUGCUGGCCUGGGUGCUGUGGCUGCAGGCGUGGCGGGUGGCAGCACCAUGCCCAGGUGCCUGCGUCUGCUACAACGAGCCCAAGGUGACAACGAGCUGUCCGCAGCAGGGCCUUCAGGCCGUGCCCACUGACAUCCCAGCCGCCAGCCAACGCGUCUUCCUACACGGCAACCGCAUCGUGCAUGUGCCCGCUGCCAGCUUCCGGGCCUGCCGCAACCUCACCAUCCUGUGGCUGCAUUCGAAUGCGUUGGCCCGCAUCGACGCUGCUGCCUUCACCGGCCUGGCCCUUCUCGAGCAGCUGGACCUCAGCGACAAUGCGCAGCUGCGUGCUGUGGACCCCGCCACGUUCCACGGCCUGAGCCGCCUGCACACGCUGCACCUGGACCGCUGCGGCCUGCAGGAGCUGGGCCCUGGCCUGUUCCGUGGCCUGGCCGCCCUGCAGUACCUCUACCUGCAGGACAACGGGCUGCAGGCGCUGCCCGACGACGCCUUCCGUGACCUGGGCAACCUCACGCACCUCUUCCUGCACGGCAACCGCAUCCCCAGCGUGCCCGAGCGCGCCUUUCAAGGCCUGCACAGCCUUGACCGCCUCCUUCUGCAUCAGAACCGCGUGGCCCGCGUGCACCCGCAUGCCUUCCGUGACCUCGGCCGCCUCAUGACGCUCUACCUAUUUGCCAACAACCUCUCGGCUCUGCCCGCAGAGGCCCUGGCGCCCCUGCGUGCCCUGCAGUACCUGCGGCUCAAUGACAACCCCUGGGUGUGUGACUGCCGGGCCCGCCCGCUCUGGGCCUGGCUGCAGCAGUUCCGCGGCUCCUCGUCCGAGCUGCCCUGCAGCCUGCCGCCGCACCUGGCCGGCCGCGACCUCAAGCGCUUGGCCGCCACCGACCUGGAGGGCUGCGCCGUGGCUGCCAGGCCCUCCCGUCCCAUCCGGACCGGUUGGCCUACUGACGACAAGCCUCUGGGGCUGCCCAAGUGCUGCCAGCCGGACGGCGCAGACAAGUCCUCAGUGUUGGAGCCUGGGAGCCCAGCCUCAGCCGGCAAUGCGCUCAAGGGACGUGUGCCGUCCGGCGACAGCCCACCAGGCAACGGCUCUGGCCCUCGGCACAUCAACGACUCCCCCUUCGGGACCCUGCCCGGCUCUGCUGAGCCACCGCUGAGCGGGAUGCGGCCGGAGGGCUCCGAGCCGCCAGGACCCCCCACCACAGGCCCUCGCCGGAAGCCAGGCUGUUCCCGCAAGAACCGCACCCGCAGCCAGUGCCGUCUGGGCCAGGCGAGCGGUGGGGGCGGAGGGGCCGGUGAUGUGGAGGGCUCGGGCGCCCUGCCCAGCCUCACUUGCAGCCUGGCCCCCCUGGGCCUUGCGCUGGUGCUGUGGACGGUGCUGGGGCCCUGCUGACCAGCCACCGAGCGUGACGCCUUUCUCAGCAGUCAGGUGUGUGUGUACAUACGGGGUCCCCUCCGUGCCGCCAGCCAGCAUCAGGCGGCAGGCCCUCCCUGAUGGACACGUCCCCCCGCCCACCCCAUCUCCACCCCAUCAUGUUUACAGGGUGCGGCGGCAGCGUUUGUUCCAGAACGCCACCUCCCACCCGGAUCGCGGUAUAUAGAGAUAUGCAUUUUAUUUUACUUGUGUAAAAAUAUUGGACGACGUGGAAUAAAGAGAUCUUUUCUUAA